AAUGAAUUUCCUCCCUCUACGUCACUCUGGGAUAGGCUGCGAGCUAGCGAGCAACGCUGUCAGUCAACGGGGUUUCGGGCUGAUUACCUACGCGUCCUCGGGACGGGACCCCUAAGCAGGAGAAAGUCGCCUUGCCCAUUGCGGGUUUAGGCUCUGGGAUUAAAGUGCUCGCCAGUCCCACUGCUUUCGUCGAAACUGCCAGCGGGGAUUCAUGCUGUGUUGGCUAGCUAAAUGCGGUACGAAGCUAAAAUGAUGCCGAUGUUCCUGACAGUAUACCUCAGUAACAAUGACCAGCAUUUUACUGAGGUUCCCGUUACCCCGGAGACGCUGUGCCGGGAUGUGGUGGAGUUGUGCAAGGAGCCAGGGGAGACGGACUGCCACCUGUCUGAGAUGUGGCGCGGAUCUGAGCGAGCUGUAGGUGAGGGGGAGAGGAUGCUGGAUGUGCUCCAACGAUGGGGACAACACAGGGCAGAGGUGCGCUUCUUUCUGCGUCACAACCGAGCCCCUAGCAGGGAGUCGGGUGGGUCAAGAGGCUCAGAACCGAAGAGAAACGGAGUGAAGGGUCCCCCGGACAGAAGGAUGGAGAAUGGGGUGGCAACACCCAGGAUGGAUAUGACGCUGGCUGAGCUACAAGAGAUGGCCGCCAGACAGCAGCAGCAGAUAGAAGCUCAACAGCAACUCCUCGCUUCCAAGGAGCAGCGGCUGCGCUACCUGAAGCAGCAGGAGCAGCGUCAGCAGCAGCAGGCGUCUGAGCAGGAGAAGCUACAGCGCCUCCGGGAGAACAUCGAGAACCAAGAAAGUCGGCUCAAGAAGGUCCGGGCCCUCAAGGGCCAAGUGGAGCAGAAACGCCUCAGCAAUGGCAAACUGGUUGAGGAGAUCGAGCAGAUGAACAACCUGUUCCAGCAGAAGCAGAGAGAAUUGGUGAUGGCGGCGUCCAAGGUGGAGGAGCUUAGCCUACAGCUGGAGUUGCUCAAAAAUGGCAAGAUGGACAACUUCCAUGACAACCAGAGCUCUGUGGCUGAACUAGACCGCCUCUACAAGGAGCUGCAGCUGAGGAACAAGCUCAACCAGGAUCAGAACUCUAAAUUGCAGCAGCAGAGAGAGAGCCUGAACAAGCGCAACCUGGAGGUGGCCGCCAUGGACAAACGGAUCAAUGAGCUCCGAGAUCGGCUGUGGAAGAAGAAGGCAGCAUUGCAGCAGAAAGAGAACUUGCCUAAUGGGUAUCCUGUUAAAGAGAGGGCUUCAAAAGACACUCAUCCUCAGCUGCCCUCUGAUGGCCAAGCCGGACAGCAGUCAGGUCCGUCUCGUGUGGCAGCGGUCGGCCCAUACAUCCAGUCGUCCACUAUGCCCCGGGGCCAAGUGAGACACGACCUGCUUGUAAAACCAGCUUACCCAGACGGUACUGCCACCCUACCAGCCCACGACCCGCAGAACAAGGCCAGCACAGGCCUUCAAUCAUCCAAGCUGGCAGACUGGAGCUCUGCAGGUCCAGAGUCCAACACCAACGGUCAUGGUCCAGCUUCAACACUGCCACGAAUGACCUCUCACUCUAACUCUCAAACAGAACAAGAUGAAACGGAACUGAAGAAGGACAGGAAGGUGCGUCCUGUUUCCAUGUUUGAGCCAACGGAGGUUCCCACCACCUCUCUCCGAAAAAAUCAGAGCAGUGAUGACUUGGUCAGGGAUGCUCAGUCUGCUCUCAAGGCCCCAGUCAAGGUGCCUCCACCUGUCCCUACCAAACCAAAAGGCCCUGGUGUUGUGCCCUAUGGCAAACCAGGCCUCAACACAGGCACCUUCCCUAAAGCCAAGCCCCACAGCCAGCAGCCUCAGGUCGCACAGGGCCGUGGCCCUCUCCCGCCCUCACAGAGCCAGACACUCCCCCUACCCCCCAAGCAAGACACUCCACCUGCCGCCACGGUACGGCCCUUCACCCCAGAGCUGCCCUCCUCCAAAGACACCAACCUGAGUAAGCCCCAGACCUUAGCGGCCAGCUCCAUUUACUCCAUGUACACACAGCAGCCUGGCUCAGGGAAGCCAUUCCAGCCUGGUUUGCAGGGCACUCUCACCAGGGCCCAGAGCCGCACCAACGGAUUUGUCAGUGUGUACGGCAAACCAGUGAUCCCCAGUGGAGGCUCUCAACACCCAGAGAACCCUUAUCUGGACCGCCGUUCCCCAGCCCUAGAAUCUGAGGUGGACCACAAUGGAGCCUACCACAUGGGUCCCAGCCCAUCUGAGAGCUCUCAACCAGAGACUGAGCGUAUCCCCCGUCCCCUCAGCCCCACCAAACUUCUCCCCUUCAUUUCCAACCCCUACCGGCAUCAGAGUGACGGGGACCUGGAAGCCCUGAGAAAGAAGCUCUACAAUGCUCCCAGGCCCCUGAAGAAACGCAGCUCCAUCACUGAACCAGAGGGCCCUGCUGGUCCCAACAUUCAGAAACUCCUCUAUCAGAAGACCACACUGGCCGCUAUGGAAACCACUGUGACUACACCAACAACUCCCACCUAUGCCAGUGAGGCAGAGAAGGCAGCGGAGGGAUCUGUGGGGCCGCAUGUUCCAGGCCCUCUGAGUGGUGCAGAGAACCACCCAUCAGAGGCGGGACAGUCUCUGGAGGGAGGACAAGUGCCAUCUCAGAUCAUUCCAGCCCCUGCUGAACAAACCAAACCACCUUCAACAAUCCCAGAGAGCGAAGACAUUAUCCCCCCUCCUCCUCCAUCCCACCCAGCCCCCAGACCAGAUGACAGCCUUUUCCCACCACCACCCUCUGCUGGCUUGGAUGACACAAUGCCCAACCUGCCCCCUCCACCUCCGGAGGGCUUCCUGGAAGAGUUCCCCCCCUACCCACCACCCCCAUACCCCAGCGGAGCAGAGCAGGACAGCUUGGGAGAGGACACCUUUAACAUGAAAGCACCAGAGGUCACUGGUCAAGUCACUCUGCCACCGGGGAAGAGGACAAAUUUGCGCAAGGUUGGCUCUGAACGCAUCGAUCACAAAAUGAGAGUGAAGUUCAACCCACUGGCUCUUCUGCUGGACUCUUCUCUGGAGGGAGAGUUUGACCUGGUCCAGAGAAUCAUCUAUGAGGUGGAGGAUCCCAGUCAACCCAACGAUGAAGGCAUCACUGCUCUGCACAAUGCUGUCUGUGCCGGACAUACAGAGAUCGUCAAGUUUCUGGUUCAGUUUGGUGUCAACGUCAACGCUGCAGACAGUGACGGCUGGACGCCUCUUCACUGUGCUGCAUCCUGCAAUAAUGUGCAAGUGUGCAAGUUCUUGGUGGAGUCUGGCGCAGCAGUCUUUGCUAUGACUUACAGUGACAUGCAGACGGCAGCUGAUAAAUGUGAAGAGAUGGAGGAAGGCUACACCCAGUGUUCUCAGUUCCUCUACGGUGUGCAAGAGAAGAUGGGCAUCAUGAACAGGGGCGUGGUCUACGGUCUGUGGGACUACACAGGUGAAAACCCCGAUGAACUGUCGUUCCGAGAGGGAGACUGCAUGACCAUCGUCCGCAGAGAAGACGAGGACGAGAUCGAAUGGUGGUGGGCGCGCAUGGGCGACACUGAGGGUUACAUUCCCCGCAACCUCCUAGGGCUAUACCCGAGAAUAAAGCCAAGACAGAGAACCUUGGCUUAAAACACAAAGAUCCCUGCACAUUUCAGUUUGCCACAACACUCCAAAAUGCAGACACAUACACACACAUACACACACACACACACACACACACACACACACACAUACACAUACACAUACAUAACACACACAGGCUUUAACAGACUGGGGAAGAGAAGGACACUGCUGAAAUGAAGAGACAAGGACAGACCAAACAAUAUGAAGGAUCAGCUAUGAACUCUUUCUGGCCCAACUGGCACUUUUCUGUAUCUACAGCAGAGGGACUCCCUCACUUAUUUUUCCACGCCACACUGUGUACUGUGUACUUAAGACACUAAUGGCAUUGUUUUUCUUUAUUCCACUGUUUUUUGUUGUUUGUUUUUUUUUGUAAUCAGAUAUAAGUGUCUGAAGUAAUUUUCCUAAAAUGACAGAAACUCAAACGUUGGGAUGUAAAUGGAACAAGCAGUAUUUUUAUUGCUAGAAAAUGAUUUUUACACUUUUGAAUAGUCUUUUAAAACUUGCUCUCUGGUUAUUUUCUAACACACUUUGGGGCUCUACUUUGCAUGAUAUGAAUGAGUGGAUGAUGAUGAUGAUGAUGCUUUUGAAAUGCUCUGUUACCAUGACAAUCUUUUGGGGGCUUGUUUCUCAUCAUCUGUGCUGAGUGACCGUGCCUCUGUAUAUCUGCACUGGAGGUGAAAAGUUUCUGCUGUUCUAGCUAAACUUAUAGAUAAUGAAAUGAUUGGUGGAGAAACGGUGAUGAAGCUUUCGAUUGAUCUAUUGCUGUUCAUUCUUUGGUCCGUGAUACCCAGAGAGCCAGUCUGCUUUUCCUGCAUUGGCACAUGGUUGAGAUGCCAUAGAUGCUGUGUAUACAUGUAUUUUUGUCACAAAAACUAGUGAAAUGUUACUGUAGGAAUUAUGUUGUUAUAAAAAUGGACUUUGAAACUCUCAAGAGGCCCUUUGACCAAGAAGAAGUCAUGCAGUAUGAAUUUUAAUGUUUUAUUACAGCCAUUCCAUGAAAAUACAGUAAUGUGCAUUAAGAAAGGAAGCCUAAUACCAGAAACCGUGACUUUUUGUAGUAAUCAGUAAGAAAUGACACACUAUAUUCUGAAGUCGGAGACAAUUUCUAAAUCGAAUCAUUUCUUGAAAGCAAAAGAUUAUAUAAAAAAAGAUGGAACUUGUACAUUAUGAGCUCCCAAAACUCAACUCAUCACAUCUCUCUGUCACUGCAGAUGUAUUUAUUUUUGUUACUUUUUUCUUUAGCCGUUCUGUCAGAACUAUAACCACAAAUGUGCUGUAGUGUUUCAAACAUUUAUAAUAAAAUACUUUGUACUAAGUUUA